CGUGGAGGCAGUUUCUCUCUCUCCGGACAAUAGGCGGCGCCGAGAGCGACGGUCAGUUGUCCAGGCCUGGCAGCCGCAUCGGAGAUACAACUCCAGUAGGCGACACACAACACAUCCUACAGGCCGCAGCGGAGUCUCGGCCUCCAGUCAGCAGCUGUCUCUGCUGCGACUACCAGUCUGCUGAUGCCCUGCCAGCUUGUUUGAUGGACAUCAAGGCCCGGAUGAGCACAAAUUUCCUGCAGCUGAAUGUCGACAAGACGAAAGCCAUACUUUUUGGCUCCCAUCAACGUCUUCUCUCCUGCCGGUCUGAAUUCCUCAUCCUUCCCGGGCUCCUUCAGACUUUCCAAAUCCGUGCACAACUUAAUUGUCAGAGCUCAUCAUAAUGGCAAUAGCACAGUCUGUCUUUGCAUUUGUCGUCUUUACUAUAAUGAUAUCCGAGUUCAUUCUGGCGAGGAAGGAUUACUAUGAUAUUUUGGGUGUGCCAAAAAAUGCAUCUGAUCGUCAGAUCAAGAAGGCGUUUCAUAAGCUCGCGAUGAAAUACCACCCAGAUAAAAACAAGAGCCCAGAUGCAGAAGCCAAGUUCAGAGAAAUUGCAGAAGCUUAUGAAACCCUCUCUGAUGAGAAGAGCAGGAAGGAAUAUGACCAGAUGGGCCACCAGUUUUUUGGUGCAAGUCAUCGAGCCCAUUCUUCCAAUUUCAACUUCGACGAUUUCCUGAAGGACUUUGAUUUUGGCCACAGACCGCAGCACAAGAAACAUUUCAAUGGUCACUUCAGAGGCCAUCAGGGGGCACGCAAGUUUUCCUUCAAUGGCGGACAGUACUCUUUGGACGAUGGAUUGUUUGAUGACAUGUUUGAGGACAUGGAGAAGAUGUUCUCGUUCAGCAGCUUCAGCAGCACUCACAAAAAUACAGUGAGAACUGAGACCUUUCAGAGUACCAGCAAGCAGCACUGCAAGACUGUCACACAGCGCAGAGGAAAUAUGGUCACCACGUACACUGACUGUUCAGUGCCGUAAGCAAUGUGACCUGUCACACCGCAGGGUUUGCGUGGCACUUUUCUGGUGUCAUGGCUUGUUGGCCAUGCAGGAGCAUGCAGAAAGCAAUUGCUGAGCCGAAUUGCACAAAAGUCAUGUUUUCCUUUCUGUUUUUGUGAACAAUACAGAAAUUAUUGGGAUGGAAUAGGCUAAUGGGUCAUAUAAUAAACUGUUAACCACUUAACGAUUGUUAAAGUACCUAUUUCUGGUUUAGUAAGCUUUGAUAUCUUUUAAACAAAAAGCAAUAUUAGAGUAUUUUAUGUAUGAGUUGAUACACAGGACAUAGCAAAAGAAUGCUUCGAAUGCAUAGAAAUAUAAAAUGAGAAGGGGAAGAGAAAAGGAACAUUCAGUUAUGUGACCGCUUAGUGUAAUUUAAGUGGAAAGCUGAAGACUUGAUUUGCACACAAAUUUCACAAUAUGCCGACAGAACACAAUUAGGUACAUGACCUGCUGACGGAUUAAUCUGCUUUUUGCAGUUUUUCGGCAAGGUCUGUGUGCUGUGCUUUCGCUCAUCCAGUAGGGCUUUAGCUUUUACAGCGCAUUAGUGCAUAGGUCUUCAUCUUGUUGCGUCUACUAUUUUGUGUGUGUUUUUGCUGUUGCCUUUUCUGACUUGAAUUAAAAAAGAGUGAAGUAAGGGAUGGCCAUGCAUUCAGACCUAACUUCCAAACUUGGAUAUUUGAA